AUGGAUACUAGAAGGAAGCCCUCAACCAUGGCAAUCGAAUGUUUGAAAAUAUUUCAUGGAAUCGAUCGAACUGCAUUCAGGAUGCUGACGCAAGUCCUUCACCGUGAAGUUAAACAGUCCCUGAUGGUGAUGGCAUUUCUACUGUCACUGGAGACAAUGGGACUGAAGGGUAUUGUGCAAACAGCCAUAAAAAAUGAAGGCUGGUUUAUGAACAGUCUUGCCGAUGAAUGUGUCAUCUGUUUGCAAUGCUUACUAUCUCAGGAGUUCUCUUGGGUUGUGGAGAAGUCCAGAAAACUCGAUACCCUCGGACACGUGCUGAAAACUGAGCUCACGUUAUACCAGGUUCAUAGGAUGAGAUCCGUCCUCCUAACUCUAAUUCCCGAUACCCUAUCAACCAUUUGA